AUGAAGACUCUUCCCGCAGGUAUCUAUACUGCUGUACCGACAUUUUUCCUUGACAACGAAGAUAUUGACGUUGAGACUUUUCGAAGACAUCUUCGAUAUGUCUCAAAGGCUGGCAGCGUUCCGGUCAUUUCAGGAACCAUGGGCGAGGCAUGUCAUCUGUCUCCCAGUGAACGCACGCUGUUGGUGACGAUAACUCGCGAAGUUCUUGAUAUGUCGCCAGCAACUGAGGAUAUCCCAGUCAUCACGGGUGUAGGGUCGAGCUCAACGCGAGAAUCCAUUGAACUGGCGAAAUCUGCGGCUCUGGCUGGCGCAGACUUCGUGAUGCUCAUUCCGCCAGGCUAUUAUGCCGGUGCACUGAAGGCAGACAACAUGGCUGCUGUGAAGCAGUACAUAAUAGAUGUGAGCGAGGCAUCUCCUGUUCCACUGAUCGUAUACAAUUUCCCUGCAGUAUCCUCUGGCAUUGAUAUGGACUCCGAUUUUGUCAUCGACAUGGUCAAAAAAGCACCCAAUGUGUGUGGCAUGAAGUUCACCUGCGCAAAUGUUGGCAAAAUAGGGAGAAUCACAUCGACUCUGCGCGAUACCAGAUUCCAGGCCUUUACUGUUCCUUAUUUUCAUGCAAUUGACGGCUUCAUCGAUAUCCUCCUGCCGAGCAUGGCUGUGCAUUCCUCGGGUGCGAUCACGGCCAUUUCUAAUUUUGUACCGAAAUCAUGCGUCAAGCUGUGGCAGCUCUGUGAAAAGGCCCCUACCUCCCCUGAAGCAUACGCUGAAGCACAGCGGCUGCAGGAGUUGAUCACUAACGCUGACGGUGGUGUUCAGCGAGUCGGUGUCUCCGGCAUGAAAGCGAUAUUAGAGAAACAAUUUGGAUACGGUGGACGUCCGAGAAGGCCACUGCUUCCCAUGAGGGAUGAACUGUUGAAUGCUCUACUGAAAGAUGAUUGGCUUCAGAGGCUGCUGCGAUAUGAGGCUAGUAUAUAG